CGCUACAAUUCAAAACGAGACGUCCCUGUUUAUGUUCAACAUACCUCCAACAUAGUACUCUGCUGUCGGCACGGAGAGCGAAGCAUUUCUUAAAUACAUUUUGGGAAUGUAACUUUGUACAGGAAGAAAGCUAACACGAAAACGUCGUACGAUUGGCCAUUCUGACAGUUGUUUUUGUAUCAAACAUUGAGAGAUUUGUUGACAAAUUGCCUUUGUUAGCUAGUAAACAAGCUAGCUGAACGAAGUUGGGCUGAAGCGGCUGGUGGGAGAUUGUUGUCACUUGCUCACUGAGCGGUGUGGCUCGGGGAGGAGAGAAUUGACGGGAACCACCUCAUCGACUCCGCUGGUUGCGGCGGCGACAACCAAACAGGCACAUGCAGGAUGAGGAAGCGGAGCUGAGGCUCAGCUGACCCCGCCCCUUUAGUGUGACCUCCCUCCUACCCUCACCCCUCCUCGCCCAUCCAGCCAGCCGGGCCCAUGUUCUCUCCAGAGCAGGAAAAUAUCUCCCCCUCCUCCACCUCCUCCUCCAAAGUGCCAGUGAAAUAUGGAGAGCUCAUGGUGCUGGGGUACAAUGGCUCUCUACCCAACGGUGAUCGAGGCAGGAGGAAAAGCCGUUUCAGUCUGUCUAAGAGACCCAAGGCUAAUGGGGUCAAACCCAGCACAGUACACGCUGCCUGCACCGCACAGGCAGCUAAGGCUAUCAGCAACAAGGACCAACACAGCAUCUCCUACACGUUAUCCAGAGGUCAGACGGUGGUGGUGGAGUAUAGUCAUGAUAACGACACAGACAUGUUCCAGAUUGGUCGUUCCACGGAGAGCCCUAUAGACUUUGUGGUAACCGACACGGUGGCAGGGAGCCAGAGUAACUCAGACACCCAGUCAGUCCAGAGCACCAUCUCUCGCUUCGCCUGCCGUGUCAUGUGUCAGAGGACGCCCCCCUACACCGCACGCAUCUACGCUGCCGGCUUCGACAGCUCCAAGAACAUCUUCCUAGGGGAGAAGGCAGCUAAAUGGAAGACGUGUGACGGUCAGAUGGACGGGCUGACCACCAACGGCGUGCUGGUGAUGCACCCUCGCCACGGCUUCACAGAGGACUCCAAACCGGGCGUCUGGAGAGAGAUCUCCGUCUGCGGUCACGUCUUCACGCUCCGAGAGACCCGCUCCGCUCAGCAGCGGGGCAAGAUGGUAGAGGCAGAGAGCCAGGAGCUGGUGGAUGGCUCUCUGAUAGACCUGUGUGGUGCCACGCUCCUGUGGCGCACGGCAGAGGGCCUGAGCCGCACCCCCACCAUCAAACACCUGGAGGCGCUACGUCAGGAAAUCAACGCAGCCAGGCCCCAGUGUCCCGUCGGCUUCAACACCCUGGCCUUCCCCUCCAUGAGACGCAAGGACACCCCAGAUGAGAAGCAGCCGUGGGUCUAUCUCCUGUGUGGCCACGUCCAUGGUUACCACAACUGGGGGAGCCACCGGGACAGAGACAGGCUGGACCGGGACCAGGAGGAGAGGGAGCAGGGCCGGAGCAGGGAGUGUCCUAUGUGUCGAGCCAGUGGGCCGUACGUUCCCCUCUGGUUGGGCUGCGAGGCAAGCUUCUAUCUGGACACGGCUCCGCCCACCCACGCCUUCUCACCGUGUGGUCACGUGUGUUCUGAGAAGACGGCGGUGUUCUGGAGUCAGAUCCCGCUGCCGCACGGGACACACACCUUCCACGCCGCCUGUCCCUUCUGCGCCCAGCAACUGAGCGGCGAGCAGGGAUACGUUAGACUCAUCUUCCAGGGCCCUCUCGACUAGAGGGACUAUUUGUCCUUGGUCGGAACUACUUUCUUUUUGGUCGCAAAGGAACGACACUUAUAACGAAAGCUUAUAACUUCCAACUGCCUGGGAUUUUGGGGCGGGGGGAUUUUCUGGACUAUUCUCUCCGUUUCUGUUUGUCUCUCUGUGUUUUUAAGUGACCUUUUCUAUUUUUGAUUUUUAUUGGGAAUGAAAACAAAGAUUUCUAUAUUUUCAUGUGAAACAAGAAGAAAAAGAAACCAAAACUCUACUGGGGGAUAUCAUUUAGUUUCCUGAAAGAACUGUAAACUGUAUUUAUCUGUUGUACUAACAUACGACCACAUAUGGGCUUAUUCUCCUUUAUUGUUGCAAUAUCCAUCCGUAUACAUCUUUAAGACUUAAAGUCCUUUAUUUCUGCCCAGACUUCAUAGUAACUCAGCUACAAAAUGAAGACAAGCUACAUUAGUUAUCCUCCUUUACUCUUCUUGGUCAAUAUGCUUCACUUCAAUACUCUGUAACAUUUUUAUUGUGCUAUUAGACUAUAAUAAUAGCAGAUCUCAAGUUCAAGGGUCGUAUUCACUAGAAGCUGAACGGAAGCAAACAGGAAGGGACCGACCUCUAUUGGUCUAAUGAGAAACGUUUGUUUUUGUUUUCCGUUGCAAAACGUUUUGCUACGGUAGGCAGUAAUGAGUACGACCAAUGUGUGUUUUGGGGGUUCAGUUUUGUGUAUAGCGGUAUGCGUCGUGUCCCCCCCCACAUCAUGGAUCUAUUGAGUAUCCAUGACAACAUCCUGUCAUAUUGAAACCUCUGUGUUGUCUGUCUGAUGGGGAGUUCUGGCUGUGUGUAAGGGGUGAAGUUUCCCCUAAGUACAGAUCUAGGAUCAGCUUCCCCUCCCACAAUCCUAACCUUAACCAUUAGUGGGGAAAACGUGAAACUGACUCAAGAUCAGCGUCUAGGGGCAACUCCACCCUACACCGUGUUAUAACUGUUAAUUUUUUCCCACAAGGCAUUGCCAUGACCUUUCACAUUUGACGCAAUAGAUUUGGACGGAGACUUCCUACUUUUCGAGCAACUUGGGGUUUGUAGUCCCAUGAGUGAGUAUGUCAGACAGCCUUUUCUGACGGUCUUCUCCCUUCAAAGCACAGACCUAGAAACCAACAAGCCCAAACUGAUGUGAUGUAGUCGUUGGAGAGGUGUGUGAGCAAAUGGUUGUGCUUCCCGCAUGCGUGAGUUAGAGCCUCUGUGUAUGUUCUGAUACUCUGCUCUGAUUGGUUAGAUAGAUUGACAUCGAUGUGAUUUCUGUCUGUAGUUUUGAUUGAAUGUUGAACACACACACACUGUUGCCUGUGUAAAGACAGACCGGUCAUGUUGAAUGUCAUUCUCUUCUUAAGUAUCUAGACGUCACGAUAAUUCUGAAUGAAACAGUAUUUAUAGGGACAAAAUACCUCAGUGUAAAAAGUAGUCCUGGACUUCAACCUUCAGAAAUCAGUGGUGGGGGGGCAUUACAUGGUAUAAAUUGUCUAUGGAUGGUAUUUGAUCAUGUUUUUACUGUAUCGGUGUGUAUUUUGUGUACAGUAUUUUGUGUGUUUUAUUGUGUACAGAUGGUAUCUCCACUGCUCUCUGAAUCUGACUGAUACUCACCUCAGGGAGAACACACACACACACACCACACACCUGCCGUAUAGACACACCACAACACACCACACACACCUCUGUCUGCCGUAUAGACACACCACACACACCCCUGUCUGGCCCAUAGACCAGACACUCUCCUUGCAACAGACUUCAGAGGAUACCUCAUCAGUAGUUAAAGGUGUCUGUCUUGUCUUCUACAGCCCACUGAACACAGCCUCGUGUUUAUACUCUAUGUAAGUACGCAACGCAAGCUGAGCCAAAUGGCUGUUAGGGGUUAUUGUGUAGCAAAAUUAUGCAAACGUAUUCAGACCUGCAAUUUUAUAAUUACGCAGCAUCACCGUGUUGUGUAGGCUGUUGCGUUGUUGCGUAGAGUGUAUAUAUAAAAAAGUAUGUGGGUGUGUAUUUUGUGUACAGUAUUUUGUGGGUUGGUUCUUAUGUCCUUGUUGGGACCUAAAAUCCCCCACAGUCUCCACAAGGAUAGUAAAACAUCGAAAAUUCUCCCUCAUGGGGACAUUUCCCACGUCCUCAUGAAUACAAAGGCUAUUUUAAGCUCAGCUGUAAAGUUUAGAGUUGGGGUUAAGGUUAGGGAAUCUAGGAUUUUGAAUGGAAAUUAAUUUUGGGCACCCACGAGGGUAGAAGAACAUAGUAUGUGUUGUAUUGUGUACAGAUGGUAUCUCCGCUGCUCUCUGAAUCUCACCGAUACUCACCUCAGGGAGAACACACACACCUCUGUCUGGCCCAUAGAUAGAUACACACACACACACACACACACACACCUCUGUCUGGCCCAUAGAUACACACACACACACCCCUGUCUGGCCCAUAGAUACACACACACACACCUCUGUCUGGCCCAUAGAUACACACACACACACCUCUGUCUGGCCCAUAGACAUUCAAACAGACUCUCUCCUUGCAACAGACUUCAGAGGAUACCUCAUCAGUAGUUAAAGGUCUCUGUCUUGUCUUCUACAGCCCACUGUUCACAGCCUCAUGUUUAUACUCUAUGUAAGUACGCAACACAAGCCGAGCCAAAUGGCUGGUAGGGGUUAUUGUGUAGCAAAAUUAUGCAAACGUAUUCAGACCUGCAAUUUGUAAAUACGCAGCAUCACCGUGUUGUGUAGGCUGUUGUGUUGUUGUGUAGGCUGUAUAUUACGCUUAACAUCUUGUCUGUCAGCUGUUCUAUGGACUUGUCAAAGGCACUGUGUUCCUCUUAUUGGGGAACGUGUGACAGUAAGGGCUUUACUCUCUGGUCGUCCCUAAAGGCACUGUGUUCCUCUUAUUGGGGAACGUGUGCAAGUAAGGGCUUUACUCUCUGGUCGUCCCUAAUGGCACUCUGUUUCCUUCAUAGGGCUCUGGUCAAUAGUAGUGCACUGUGUAGUACAGCCGGGACGUUAAACCGAUCAUUAUCCACACCGGCAAUACCGAUCACUUAGCGUAUUAAACCGAUCAUUAUCAACACCGGCAAUACCGAUCACUUAUCGUAUUAAACCGAUCAUUAUCGACACCGGCAAUACCGAUCACUUAUCGUAUUAAACCGAUCAUUAUCGACACCGGCAAUACCGAUCACUUAUCGUAGGCAGUAACCUAUACUAGAGAAAUGUGAAGUUUGAAAUGAAGUAAGUUUUCUAAUAUGGGUGAUUUGUUAAAGGGACAAUUGACUGCUACAACCGUAGUAGUAGUAGUAGUAGUAGUAGUAGUAGUAGUAGUAGUAGUAGUAGUAGUAGUAGUAGUAGUAGUAGUAGUAGUAGUAGUAGUAGUAGUAGUAGUAGUAGUAGUAGUAGUAGUAGUAGUAGUAGUAGUAGUAGUAGUAGUAGUAGUUUAAAGGAGAAUAAUAGAAACUGUGGUGCAGAUUAAUGUUAUAAACAGAUUGUUCUAUUUAUCGGUGUCGCAUCAAUUCAGGCAGUUUAUAUGUAUUUUGGUCCACAUCACCCAGCUCUACCUAAUAGGGUGCCAUUUUGGACUCAGCCAAUGUCUGUCUCUGUAUACUGUCUGCAUGGUGUCUGUUUCUCUACCCCUCUCUCUAGCUCUGGUCCUGGGCGUUAGUGAAGGAAGGCUGAGCAGUAACACCCUGGACCAGAGCUAGAGUAUCUCUUCUGUCUGGAGGAUUUCUGAUGCUUUAAGGCAAAAGCUGAGAAUGUUUUCUGAUUUAACAGUUUUUCUACCGACUUUAAACAAUAAAGUUUAAAACAUGACACGUU